UUCCCCUCUUUUGCCUUGAGUCGCCCAGCCAUGGAGAUAAAUGAUGUGGAAGAGGAGGAGUUCGAAUUCUCUCGGAAUUACUUUUUGGCGAAAGAGUUGGGCGGCUCCAGUAAGAAAUCCGGCCGGAAGUUCUCCUAUACUGAUCCCGUCGACGAGCAGGAGCUAAGAACGGCCGCCAUCAACCUUGAGCCGAAACAUGAGAGAGAGGUUGCUUCACUUAUGGAGAGAUAUAAGGCGUCGUAUCCUGAUUGGGUCUUUAUGCUCAGGAGCGGUUUUGGAUUUCUUAUGUAUGGGUUUGGUUCCAAGAAGGCCUUGAUUGAAGAUUUUGCUUCCACCUCAUUAACCGAGUAUUCUGUUGUGGUGAUCAAUGGGUAUAUUCAGUCUAUCAAUCUGAAGCAGGUUGUGGUUGCCAUAGCUGAAGUAUGGUGGGAUCAAAUCAAGGCUAAGAGAAGGAACUCUCCUUCUCAAGCUCAAAAACCAUUUAACUCUCGAUCUAUUGACGAUCUUCUUGUUAACAAUAUUGAUGGGCCCAGCUUCAGAGAACCCGAAAGUCAACUCCUUCUUGCACGAAUCGCUUCUUGUACACAUAUCCGCAUCAUUGCCUCGAUUGACCAUGUCAAUGCUCCACUGUUGUGUGACAAGAAGAUGGUUCACACCCAGUUCAACUGGUACUGGUAUCAUGUCCCUACCUUUGCACCUUACAUGGUUGAAGGAGUGUUCUUCCCUUUGAUUCUCGCGCAGAGUGCAAAAACAGCUGCAAUAGUUUUACAGAGUUUGACUCCCAAUGCCCAGGGUGUGUUCAGAGUACUUGCGCAGUAUCAGCUUUCUCAUCCCGACGAAGAAGGCAUGCCGAUUGAAAGCUUGUAUGCAGCCUCGCGAGAGCGGUUCCUCGUGUCAAGCCAGGUUACGUUGAACUCUCAUUUGACGGAGUUCAAGGAUCACGAGUUGAUCAAGACUAGAAGGAAUACUGAUGGUCAAGACUGCGUCUAUAUUCCUCUUGCUAAUGAUGGGUUGGAGAAGUUGCUGGCGGAGAUCAAUCCAUAGCAGUGUCCUGCCCUUCUGUAACAGCGAUGAAGGAUGGAUAAUGUUUUUACUCUAUCGAUCCUUAGGUUUGCUGUCCCAAUCAAUUAUUACACUUGCCAUUGUAAGGAGUUGUAUUUUAGCGAGUAAGCAAAAUGAUACACUGUUAUAGGUCUCGAAACCAUUUCGCUGGUAUUAUGUUAAGAAACUCUGGAACUCAUUGAAAGAUCAUCAGCAACAAGUUCCAUUGUAUAAGUUGAUUUGGAGUAAAACUUGCCCUCCACGCUGUGGUCUAAUAGCUCGACUAGUGAUGUUGAAUGCUAUAACAAUGAAAAGCGACAUAAAUGGGGUAAAGUGUU